CCCAUCGUCGCCAUCAUGCCCACCAGUGCCACCAUGACGCUAGUAUGGGAUUCCAAUUUCCCUCGCGUUCCCCAGUCUUGAUUAUAUCUAUCAAGUCCAGCACGUUGCUUCUCUGUUCCUUUCCUUUCCCUCAUCAUCCCACAAACUCCAACUCCAGUCGCUCGUUAGCACCCACAACGCCGGUCCUUGUACCACUUACACUCAUUUACAACCCUCAACCAAACAACCUCUAUCCCGAGUCUCUAGUCUCUUCUCCAAAUCCACCUCUAUCCCAACAGCAAAAAUGAAGGUCGCUGCUUCCAUCUCCGUCUUGGCCCUUGCUGCCACCGCCGUCGCUGUCCCAGCCUGGCCCGAAGCAGAGACAACCACCACCACUACCACCACCACCACCCCAGGAUGGCCCGCUAAGACAACCACCACCACUCCUGCUGCCGCCACCACGACCGAGGACGUGUGGGCUGACUGGGAGACCACUACCACUACUCCUGCUGCUAUCACAACCACCACCACCCCCGCCGCCGCCAGCGAGACAUGGGCCGACUGGGAGGAGCCAUACAGCUGGACCACUACCAUCGUCAGCACCAUCACCACCUUCGUCCCCAAGCCCACCAACAUUGUUCAUGGCGGAAAGACCUGGGAGGUGACUGAUGCCACCACCCUGACCAUCACUGGCUGGCCCUUGACCGUUUCCGUUCCCGUCUACACCAAGGUCACUACCUCUUGCAGCUCCGUCCCCGUUGCUGCUGAGUCCACCUGGGUUGACUGGGAGGCUGCCCCCACCUCCAGCCCCGUUUCCCCCGAUGUCUAUGUUCCCUCCGGAACUGGCGUCAAGCCUGCUGAGUUCACCGGUGCUGCCAACUCCCUCGUUGCCAACGUGGGUGCUGGUCUUGCCGGUGUUGGUGCCAUCGCUGCUUUCCUCCUGUAAAUGGUGGACUGUUUAGGGUCGUGACGUGAGCCACACAGCUUCACUGCUGUAGGGUUCCCUGUCAUUGCCCGCUUCUUGAUUUCUUGAUGCGGCGGGCUCAGGACACCAACAAUGGCCCGGUCUGUUUGGAGCGUGAUGCGACAUGAUAUCUAUGACGCAUCUGCUCCGGGCUUUCGCAACGCGACAACAUCUUCGUCAUUGUUGGAUUGUAUGGAUAUCUUUUUGUACGACUUGGGGUGCAAGUCCAUACGAUUAUCCUGGGCGUUGGUCAUUAGUUAAUGAAAGGUUUAUUUUGUCAUCACUGGAUAGCAUUGCGAUGAGUGUUCUCGGGGUAUCCAAAAUGUGUGUAUCUUCCGCAUCACCACGGACCAAAAAACAUUGGAAAACUAUGCCUCGGACUUGUGUUCCAUCCUGCUUUGUAAAUAUCGUCUACUGUUUGGUCGUCCAGAUAACAAUAUGCCUUUUCGAGACCGAGAAUGAACAUGCAAUGCCAUCAGUAA